UUCCUGCUUGCUGGGACACUGGAGGUGUCCCUGUCUCCUCCCUCUGUGCAAGCUUCCUAGCAGCUUCAACAUCUGCUCAUUUUGUGUCUCCACUAGGAUCUGUGAUGACAGUGACAUACACCAACCGUGUGGCUGACGCCCGCCUAGGCACCUUCUCGCAGCUCCUGCUCCAAUGGAAAGGAAGUAUCUACAAACUUCUCUACUCCGAGUUCCUUAUUUUCAUCUCUCUCUACUUCACCAUCAGUCUCAUCUACAGGCUGAUCCUGAGCGAGAGCCAAAGGCUGAUGUUUGAGAAGCUGGCGCUCUACUGCAACAGCUAUGCUGAGCUAAUCCCCGUGUCCUUCGUGCUGGGUUUCUACGUGGCUCUGGUGGUGUCCCGCUGGUGGGCUCAGUACGAGAGCAUCCCGUGGCCCGACCGCAUCAUGAACUUGGUCUCCUGCAACGUGGACGGGGAGGAUGAGUACGGGCGGCUCCUGCGACGCACCCUCAUGCGCUACAGCAACCUGUGCAGCGUGCUCAUCCUGCGCUCCGUCAGCACGGCUGUCUACAAGCGCUUCCCCAGCAUGGAGCACGUCGUGAGGGCAGGCCUCAUGACACCAGAAGAGCACAAGAAGUUUGAGAGCUUGAAUUCCCCCCACAACAAGUUUUGGAUCCCUUGUGUGUGGUUCUCCAACCUGGCUGUGAAGGCAAGGAACGAGGGGAGGAUCCGGGACAGCGUGUUACUCCAAGGCAUCCUGAAUGAGCUCAACACCUUGCGCAGCCAGUGCGGGCGACUCUACGGGUAUGACUGGAUCAGCAUCCCCCUGGUCUACACUCAGGUGGUGACCGUGGCUGUUUACAGCUUCUUCCUGGCCUGUCUCAUCGGGCGCCAGUUCCUGGAUCCAGAAAAAGCAUAUCCUGGCCACGAACUAGAUCUCUUCGUGCCCGUCUUUACGUUUUUGCAGUUCUUCUUCUAUGCUGGCUGGUUAAAGGUGGCCGAGCAACUCAUCAACCCUUUUGGGGAGGAUGAUGACGACUUUGAAACCAACUGGCUCAUCGACAGGAACCUGCAGGUCUCCCUUAUGGCAGUGGAUGAGAUGCAUCAGGAUUUACCCAUUCUGGAGAAGGACCUAUACUGGAAUGAGCCUGAUCCCCAGCCACCCUACACCGUGGCCACCGUUGAGUACAAGCGUCCAUCAUUCCUCGGCUCAACUUUUGAUAUCAGCAUGCAGAAAGAAGAGAUGGAGUUCCAGCCCUUGGAGCAAAUUAAAGAGAACGAGGAAGCGAACCACUCCACACCAUUACUGGGACACCUGGGCCGUCUCCUGGGUGUCCAGUCACCGAGCUUCUCCAGGUCCUCUUCCCGGAUGAACCUGCUGCGCAGGCGAGGAGAGCCUACAUCCCCUUUCUCUCAUUAUACCUACCAAGACAUAGGCAAGUCUGGAAGCCCUUGCAGCAUCAAUCAACCACGGGGAGAUUCCAGCUCCCAGGAGCAGUGGGACAGCGAAGACAGAAAACUCAGGGAUUUUGAUGCUUUCAUGUCAACCCCAUUCUACGAGAGACCUGGUUUCUACAGUGCUCCACAGACACCCAUCAGCUCUAUCCCCAUGAUCUUCCCUUCUAGACGCCAAGGCCGCAAGAAGCCUCCCGCACUCUCCAGCAUCACUGCGUGCUCGAAUUCUCUUCGGGAUGUCAUUGUCAACUCCUCACCAUCCAAGGUCAGCGACGUGUAUAAAAGCCAGAGCUCCCUUGGCUCAGGUGCAAAGGAAACGUUUAUUUGGCCAACAGAUCAGGGCAAAGGUCCCGACUCGCUGUGUCUAACAGUAGAAGAAGAGAAGAGCCAUUCUAACAGUAAGAGCAGAGAAGCUGCCACCACAGGGAGUCCAGGAGCUCAGUCCACAGCAUCAAACAGCCCUAAAUUCCCCUUCUUGGCAGAGUCCCCAGACCACGAGAAGCAGGGUAGCUUCAAGAGUCUGAAGAGCUUGAAAGCUUCCCACCCACCCUGGCUAACCCUGGAGAACACAGCAUCAGCCGUCCCCAAUUCAGAGCAUUCAAGUGCCUUUCACACUCCCAGUAACAAAACCCCCAGAGGCAGCACCUCCUUCUGCUUCUCCUUCACUCCUGUGACAUCUCCAGUGCUGAAGAGAUCCCACAUGGGCAACACGGGCCCUGAUACUCACACCAUGAGUUCAGAAGAUGCAGCCAGCGCUCCAGACCAGCACCCAGCAGAGGUUUCCAGGACCACAAAAGAUACUGGAAAUGGAAGCACAAAUACUCCUCCUACAAAAGAGCCGAGACGAGCAGAGAGUCCAUCCCCCAAUGACUCUGGCAUCUCUCUAGCCGAAGGUGACUACGUGGGGCUGAUGGAGGUGAUCAUGGAGACCAGCGAAAGCGCGUGUGAAGAGCAGACAGAUCAGUACAGCUAGAGGAAACCAAGAGACACACACACACAGAGUUGGGUGAGAUACCUGCCAUACUAGUGAUAUGGCAGUAUCUGUACACCUGGCCACACUGGCACCCACCCAGAGAGAAGGACAGGGCAGCCAAACCUCCUUCUGCUGGACCACAUAGCCCAGCCUAAGGCUAAAGCCAGCCCUGAUGACACACUGACCUCAGGUACAGCAGCAGGCACAACUUUAGUGUUGCAACAAUAACAAACCAAACAAAACCCCCCCUUUUUUUUUUUGGUUGUAGGAAAAGGUGCAGUAUCUUCAGCUUGAAGAACCUGGAGUGCAGGUGUAGCACAAAACAGCACAAGAAUAUAGUUAAUGAUACUUCCCCCCCCCCUCCUUAUCACUGCACAAAUUGGAACUUGAGCUUUAGGUUAAUAUUUCUCACCCAUUACAAGUCUCAGGCAGAACUUGAACUACUGUCAAGAUACUCCAGGAAAAGGAAGGGACAGAAGCAAGUCACAUCAUUCGUGACACAGACCCACAGUGCUUCUUGAAGCCAUGUCUGGCUGAUGUUUUUCCAGUCCUGGAAAAAGUAAUGGGAUAAGGCAGGGCAAGUGUCUACUAGAACAGGUGGCCACAGCCAAUGGUGUCAGCCCAGCACAUUGCUUCCACAUCACACUUAACUUCUCUGAGCACUGUCACAUCAGUGGCAUCUGGAUGGUAGCAGACACCAGGGAGCUGUGAGGUUUUUACCGUCUUCCCUAAGAAAAUAAAAGCAAGGCUGAAGUCUAGGACCACCCGUUUCAUUUCCUCAUUUUAGUUUCCAUUCAACAAUAGGGAAAUUUAGAGAAACCACACAGGUUUUCCUACUUCUAUCUCCAGAAACAGCUGCAGAGCUCCUGUAUCACAAGGGGGGCACGUGACAAACUUGUGUCAUGCCAUUCAUUAAGAUGGGCACAGUAAUUAGGGAGGCACUAACCCUGC